CACAUUUCUUUCCCCUUAAAAGGAAGUUUAAAUUGUGCGGUGAUUUUCUGGUUGCAGCUCACAUCAACCAUAUCCGUGACGUGGCAGGGGUUGACCACGUAGGCAUAGGCGCCGGUUACGAUGGCAUCAACAUCACACCCCUUGGCCUGGAGGAUGUGUCUCGCUAUCCAUACCUUCUGGCCGAAUUGCUUGGCUCCGGGCGGUGGACGGAGGCUGAUCUGCAGAAACUUGCGGGCAAGAACCUCAUUCGAGUGUUUAAAAAAGUCGAAGAGGUUCGAGACCGGUUACUGGCCAAAGGCGAGGAGCCAAUAGAUGAACGCAUUCCAGUUCAGGACGUGUACGGGAGGACAUAUUGUCGUUAUCCAGAAACAUGAUAUUGGCCGUGAUAUUCCUCUGUUCCUCUGUUCAGUGAUACGAUGUUCGGUGACGCGGAGGGUCGUGGCUGUUUCUAAUUUCAGUUACGAUCCAAGAUGCCGGAUGAGUGCGCCUGUUCCGGUUUUGAAUACAGUUUCAGGUAGAAGACUUUUGCUUAUUGCGACGUAUAAGCGAAUUCCAGCCUCCAGUUGAAUUAAUGAACGAACCAUCAGCUGUUAUAGCUAAUUUACUUGCACUAUAAAAUUUAGAUUCUCCUUUAAAAUAACGACGAAGAAAUUUAAAGUAUCCCUCAAAACAUUUUUUAAACCAAAAGACGAUUUAGACAAAAUACAGGUCCCUCCCCCCAAUAGAAGUUAUUACGAUAAAUAUUUCUUAUAGGCUACGUAAUGAAGGCUUACAUGUUUUGUAUGCUGAAAAACAUUUUAGAAAUCUGAUUAACUUUAUACAUUCAAUUUUCAUGACUGUGACAUCAACUCAAGAGACCAACGGAAGAAAUCUGUUAUAAAAUGUGUCAUUGUUCCGAAGAAGCUGUCGUGAAUCGUUGUUUCCGUGGAUCAUGGUAUUUUUGAUCGUGCUGCCUUCGACUAGGAGAAAGACCACACGGCGUUACAAUCCAAAAACCACAAUCCGCAGAAACAAUAAUACGACGCUUGGUCAUAUCAAUAUAUGAGAGGGCUGGAUAAUGAAUAUAUAUUUAACUUUAAUGAAAAUGUACUUCAAACUUUAUCAUAACCAAUAAAGUGCAAGAAAUUACUUUAGUA